GGUAAAGAUGGGCAACAGUGCCUGCUGCUGUAAGCGUUGCUGUUUGCUGUGUUCGGAAGAAGGGGAAGAAGAAACAGUUGCCCACAAACGAGUGUACAAAUCGAUCUUCGAAUACCCCUGUAAUUCCCUGAGUGAUCAGACGCUCAAAAAAGGUGAUAUCUUGGAGGUGAUCGAGGAAAGAGGACGCUGGGUGUACGCAAAGAGACUCACAGUGAAGUGUGACAAGAAAGGAUUUAUUGAAGAACAGGUCUACGUACCACGAGAUUUUGUCAAACCACUGGGUAGUUUGGAGGCACAGGCAUGGUAUUUUGAAAACAUCACAAAGCGCACUGAGGCCAAAAGAUGUUUGCUGAGACCAGAAAACAGUGAGGGAGCAUUUCUUGUGUGGAGAAGUACAGAGAAUAAUUGCUUCUACCUUUCAGUAAAGAAUGGGCCCUUUGCAAGGCAUUACAGAAUUAGGGAAAGAGAAUCUGACAAGUGGUUUUACCUCGUUAUUCGGAAAACAUUUCGGACCCUUCCUGAGUUAGUGGAAUCAUAUUCCAAGCAUCAGGAUGGACUUUGUGCACGCCUUAACCUCCCUUGUGUUAUGCUGGACAAGCCAUCCCUUCCCAGCCUGUCAUAUGAGGAAGAAUGGGAAAUCAACCGAAGCUCUCUGACCAAAGUGAAGAAACUUGGCAGUGGGGAAUUUGGAGAAGUGUGGCACGGGGUGUGGAACAAUAUGAUAGAUGUGGCUAUUAAAGAGUUUCGAGUCAUCAGCCCAGAUAUUCAGACAGAGAUAAAGAUCAUGAAGGAGCUUCAGCAUAAGCACCUGAUCAGGCUGUAUGCUGUGUGCACUGUUGAUGAGCCCUUCUGUAUUAUCACAGAACUCAUGAAAAAUGGAAGCUUGAAGAAAUACCUCAUCAGCCACAAAGAAUUGAGAGAUAUUGAGUUUACGCUCAUGAUGGACUUUGCAGUGCAGAUUACAGAAGGGAUGAUAUACUUGGAGAGUAAGAACAUAGUUCACAGAGACUUGAGAGCUGAUAACAUUCUUCUCAGUGAAAUGUUGUCCUGCAAGAUAGCAGAUUUUGGACUAGCUCAGUUUACUUUAUCCCAAGAUCAGCAAUUAUCUUCAGUUAAAGUCCCAGUAAAAUGGAUGGCACCUGAGAUCUUUGCUGGAAUGGACUACACGAAAAAGUGUGAUGUCUGGUCUUUUGGGAUCCUCUUGACUGAAAUUAUCACAUAUGGAAAUGAUCCAUAUCCAGACCUUGACAAAGCAGCUUGUGUUCAGGCCAUUCAGAGGGGUUACAGGAUGGCACGACCAGCAGACUGCCCUUUAACAUUGUAUGAUAUCAUGUUGCUGUGCUGGCAUUCCAACCCUGACGAAAGGCCCACGUUCCUGCAGCUUCAGGAAAGGUUGAUUACUCUGAUCCCAGAACCCGUUGUGGUGCUUGAUUAGAACUUCGCUGAUGUAGAUAUAAACUGAUACAUUCUGGACUCUUGGUCCAGGGCUUAUUCAUUUUCCUAAUGCCUGGAAUCAACUACUGCCUCAACACAUGACAGUGGUAUAUACGGUGAAGUACAAUCCAUACAAACAUAUUCACACAAAAUGCUGCCGCAUUCAUAUUAGCUGUUGUGAUGCACAUUUAUUUAUAAAGAAGUUUUUUUGAUCCUCAGGCAUUGUCUUCAAAACAAUGAACAAAAAUGCAAGAUGUGCUUUUGUCUUGAAUUUCCCUUUAAAUCAAUAUCUUGGCUGUGUUCAUGUUGAAAAAGCUGACUAUGAGGUUGACUGACACAUUUGCAGUGACGGCUGUUUUAGUUUUAGUUAAAAAAGAAGGACCAAAAAUCUGUUAAUGGAUCAUGUGCACUUGAUAUUUAAGCUAGUAGCUGUGCCAAAGAAACCAGAAACCAAAAAUAAUCACCUUGUCUGAACCAUGAACCACCAAUUUAUAAACUCACACUCUAAAAAAUAAUACACUGGCUCGACUUAAAAAAUUAAGGUAACAAUUUGCAUGGAUCUUUUUAAGUUAUUUCAACUCAAGCCACUUUUGAGUAAAUAUUGUGAGACUUUUCUAGUUAGCCCAACUCAAUUUGUUUAGCACAACCAACAUGAUUUGAAUUGUCCCCUAAAAGCUUAAUUAAGUUGAGCCAACUAAUAAUAUUAUGUGGUCAAAUUAGUUCAUUUAAGCUGUUCUAUCUUACCUAUUUUGUUUUCAGUUUACUCAGAGAUGUCCAUGGAAGUUGUUACUUUAAUUCUUUGAGUAAUAGUAACUAAUUUCAAUUCUGUCAGAAUAAAAAAAAAUUCAAUUUCAUGAUAAUUGUUACGAUAAUUGUUUAUUGUAAAACCAAUGCAAAAUCGAUCGAUCCACAAACUUUCGUCAAUAGUGCCAAAUUUAAAUUAGGACAACGCAAGACUUAUUCUCAAACAUGUGCAGUGUUUGAACUAAUGCUACAAACAUUCAGUGCGGAUUACGGUCAUUUGGCUGCCACUGUAAAACAAAACCUAAGAAAACUGAAGACAAACAAUAACUAGAGGUCAACUUCACUAACUCCAAAUUAGCAAAGGGCAUGCUGUAGCUAACUUAGAAGGCACUAGCUAGCUAGCUGAAGUCAACUUUCAAACGGUCGAAUUAGCAAGGGGCAAGCUGUAAUGUUACUUUAAAAUUUAGCGUCCUGUGACAACGAUUUUUUGCGCUGUGUGCCGAUAUAGUUUGAUAGCUGUUGCUAGUAAAACAAAUCCAAAAUAGUCAGGCUCAGCACGUACCUUUGAUGUUUGCACUCGCACUAGUUCCUUCGUUGUUUGUUUCUGCUGUUGUUUCUCCUCCUGUGGGCAUGGUCUGGCUCUGGCAUGUCCAGCCCUGUUCUCAGCUUUUUAAGUUUGCUCACUAGAUUUUCAAGUUUCACUAACUUAAUACUCUUUUGUUGUUAGGUGAAAGCAAGACUGUUUGUUCAAAAUCCAUAUAUUAAUAAGCUGAGACAGAUUUCUUUCUUUUCAGUUUGACAAACUUCUUAAAAUAAGUUGUCAACUCACUAAUUAAAAAAAUCUAAUUUUGUUAUGUCGAAAUUGUUCUUUAUUUUAAGCUUUUCUCACUAGCCACAUGGAUAAUUUUUUAGAGUGCACCUUCUAAAAAUGAAUAAAGUCUAUGGAUAUUAAUUCAUGACACACUGAACAUCUACUGCUAUACAUGUAAUUCAACAGGGCCCUUGUGAAUAAACUGCUUAACUAAACGUAGAUGGUCACAUCGAUCUGUGUACACUUUUUGUCUUUAGACAGGUGAAUAAUACCUGUUCGAGACUGAAUGAUGCAAGUUAGCUUUAACCCCUUCUCCCAUCUAAAGAUACUCGCACUGCAUAGGCGAUGGGAUUAUCAUGGCGCAAGUACUAUUUUGGCUAUUGAACUCAACAAAAGCCAUGCCACACAUAUAUCCUGAUAAUCAUGUAACAAAACAUCAUUAAGAAUUUCAAAUAACCCAUAAAAAUAUACAGCUGAGCAGUCUGUGUCACUUCUACAGUCACUCAUGAGGUAUAAAGUAUUUGCUUUGACGUAAGAUUUACACCAAAGUUCAACUUUCUUUUUCAAUUGUUAUAUUUUAUUAAACAUACAGUAUAGUAACAAUAUUCUAGUAGUAGACAAAUAUUGGUCAAGUGCUUUAAGUACCAUGCAAUAAAAGAGGCUUAAAGGUUUAAAUGCGGUACCAAGCGAACCAUGAAGCAGCAUCAGAAAAUCUUCUCCACAAAUAAAACACAAAUCAUUAAAGAACACAUUAAUGUUUUUCUUUUUUACUCAAACUUCUCACUGUAAAGUGUCAGUCAAAUUCCUUCAUUAGUUCUCAUUGUCAUUACUGUGUAACAUCAUUACUAACAAUAACAACAACCAUAAUCAUUUAUAUGUACAGUGUAUAAUUAUGUAUCUCACCUGAUUUUUUUUCAUGAAAUUGCAUUUUACACACAAAUAUUUAAGUGAAUAUAUUCAAGUAAAUCUUUAAACAUUUUAAAGAUUUUGAACACCCUGAUAAAAAUGUGACAGUAAAUAUUUGUCAGUAAAAUAUAUACAGUAAAGAGG